AUGCUUUAUUUAUUCCAUGCGAUACGUUUGGUUGAUUCCAACCAUGUUGUCCAAGAAGCCCGCGAUUUAGCUUUAAUAAAUGUCUUAUUCGACGCUAUAUCGUAUCGGCGACGAGUUUUUUCAAAAUUUGAACAACAAGCGUCGAAAAAUUGUCGACCACCUCUAUUUGUUCGCGGUUUGCCACUAAAUACUCAGAAAAAAAUCAUCAAUAUCUGGAAGAGUUAUGAUUUCAACAGCAAGAAUUGUACAUUACAAAGGCGUAAGCAAAGGUUGGUUUUAUUAAAUCAGCCAAGAAAUCUUUAUAAUUUGCUGGUUCCUCCUCGUGUUCCCUGCGGCCUUCCUCACUUCAUCGAGCGAUUAACUGAUUAUCUACAGGAAGAAAUCAGACUAAUAUGGUUGAAUUACGCUCCUGGAGAGCCAUGCUUUAGAGAACUCGAUGAUGAACUGAAUCUUUUGCAAAAGAAUGGCAUUGCGAUCGAAUCGUUUUUUAUUCCCCCACCUAAUUCAUUGAAACGAUCUGAUUUAUAUACCAAAAUUUUUCAUCCUAAUUUGCCAUCAUAA